GGUAUUGUAGCACACCCUUCUAAAUCAUCCAUCUUAUCAACUAGAAAUUGAAAUAUGAAACUGAGGUGAUGUUUAUGUGUGUCCACUCUGCAGAAAAUUUCCGAGCUCUAUGCACAGGAGAAAAAGGAAAGGGAAAGAGUGGGAAACGUCUCCAUUACAAGGGGACUGCUUUUCAUCGGAUCAUACCUAGCUUCAUGAUCCAGGGAGGGGACUUCACUCAUGGGGAUGGGACAGGAGGCGAAUCAAUAUUUGGGAGCAGCUUCGCAGAUGAGAACUUCAAACUAAAGCACACUGGUUCUGGAGUUCUGUCAAUGGCAAAUGCUGGGCCAGAUACCAAUGGGUCACAAUUUUUCAUCACCACAGUGACAACUAGCUGGUUGGACAGGCGACACGUUGUGUUUGGCAAAGUCCUUUCGGGGAUGGACAUCGUCCACAAGAUUGAGGGUGAAGGAAGGCAAAGUGGAACACCCAAGAGCAAGGUGAUCAUAUCCGAUUGCGGUGAGCUAACAUUGUGACCAGGUAGGUACACUGCAAGCACCUUGUAGAGAAACUUAUAUACAUCUCCUUUAAAAUUUAAGUUCAUAUGUGCACAACAAAUGAGCAGUAGUCCACAUUGGUCAUUCUCCUUUGAGUAAGUGGGAACAGCAGAAGAAGUUAUGCUUCAUUUUUUCUCGCUUAUAUGGUGGAUUUAUUCAACAAAACAAUCCACUUUAAGAAACUGGGAACUGCAAUUAACAUACAGCUUUUAC